AUUAAUAAGAAGUGAACGGGCAGUCAGAGCUCAAUCCACAUCGUCUCUCUCCAUUCCCCAAUAUCAAAUCAAAAGACGAACCAGAGGAUGAGAGAGGGGAAUGGCCGGCGCUGCUGAUGCAGGGGUUUGUGGAGUUUGUUUCAACCAUUGCAAGUAUGAGAGCAAGGGAAGCGGUUUCAACAUGGUUGCAUGGGAGGAGUUCAAGAAUGCAGGGGUUGUGCCUUGCAAUGAAAGGGCCCGUUUCAACAAUCUGACAGGAGAGAAGGUGACGUUUGUGUCAAACCAACGGGCAUACACUGUAAGGUGUUACAAGGGUCGCACAAAGAGCGCUAUGUAUGGGAGAGGUUGGAGGAAGUUCUAUGAAGACAACAAUCUGGGCAAGGGUCAGAUGGUGGUGUUCCACCUGGAUGAACCUUCACCUACGGCAUCUAUUUUGUGGUUCCAGGUGGGCAACGGCUCUAAAGAUGAACAGCCUAUGGAAGAGGGUGAUCCCAUUGAAGAUUCAGAUUCAGGUAAUGAGGAUGGAGAAGCUUCAAGCGAUGAUGGUGAAGGCAUUGUUCGCACUAGGGGGCUUUUGCUUAAUGAGAUAGAGGAUGCUCAGCUACAAGGGUUGCUGCCUCUCAGUGAUGGUUUCAUUGGGUUUGCUUUUGUUCACCGCCUGACAAGGACUGACAUUCGCUUGGGCAUGAUGAAAAUACCCAAGAAAGUUGCUACUGCCACGCCGUUUGAAGAACAGGGGGUUGUUGGUAUUUCUGUGGAUGGUCGGAGAUUCAAAAAAAUCUCAUACAAAACUACUGAUGAUGGCCGCAUUGUGUUUGGCAGCAAGAAGUGGAAAAACUUCACAGCUAGCAGAGGACUCAAAGUCAACACAGUUGUUCUUAUUGGCUUCAAGAGCAGCGAGAGGGAUGAUGUCCAUGUCCUGGUUAUCUUGAAGAAGCUUGGCUAGUCACCAGGCACAGCAACUGAUGACAAGCAGAGUUGCGUCUAUAAUACUCAUCUGUUGGGUAUUCUAUAUAUUUCUAUGUAGAAGUCUGUAUGACGAACCUUUUUUCAUUUUUAUGCCAUGUUGAACCUGUCAGUGUAGUUUUGCGUUUCUUAUGUGUCCACCAAACAAUGCGGCUUGAAUAAUAUAUGAUGGGAACCCCUUUUUCUACAUUAUAUUCAAGUGUUCACCUAAGUUUUUUUAUUGAUUUUUCAGUAAACA